CUAGAGGGCAGUCCAGAUUCAGGCCUGUCAGUCCAAAGGCUAGGCCGAUGGCCUCAAAUUCAAGCAGUACCUCGUGGGAAAAGAGAUGGGACUAAUGCAAUGCAGAUCUGGGCCAGGCCGAAGUACCAAUUCAGAGGCUGAAGCUGCUCACCAAGAUUAUAAAAGAGGCAGUGAGCCUCCUGGAAGCUCAUUCCUCACUGGCGUGGAAGUGCUGGCCAUUUGUGCGCUAGAGUGGGAGGUGAAGUCAGCGCUGGAAGCAAGAAAUCGGAAGAGGGACCGUGAUCGGGAGCGGGAUCUGGACAACCGGGACAGGGAUAGGGACAGGGAUCUGAAAAGGCACAGGUCAAGAUCGCCAAGAGUAGAGAGGCGAAGACGGUCACGGUCACGGAGCAGGACACCUAUCGGUCGAAGGGAUGACUGGCGAGAUGAUAGGAGAGAGGAUCGGAGGGAUGAUAGGAGAGACGAUAGACGCGAGAGGGAGAGGGAGAGGGAGAGGGAGAGAGAACGAGAGCGAGAGAGGGAGCGGGAGAGAGAGCGGGAGAGAGAGAGGGAGAGGGAGAGGGAAAGAGAACGAGAACGGGAAUGGGAGCGAGAGAGGGAGAGGGAGCGAGAAAGGUGGAGAGAGAGGGAAAGAGAGAGAGAAGGCGGUGUCCCUGACAGAGGCAGAGACAACGAAAAUGACAGAAGAGGUGGGGUCACUGAGAGGGUGGAUCGUGAUGAGAAGUGGGUAGGAGAGAGGGACGAGAGAAAUGGAACGCAAGAUGGGAAAAACAUGUUAGAUCAGGAGAUGGUCGACGCUCCGGUGAUGGACGAUGCAGAUGAUGAAGCGAUGAUCGAACUGAUGAAAUCCUUUGGAAUCCCAACAGGGUUCGAUUCGACGAAGGGAAAAUGCGUUGCCGACGCCAAUCAUGGUGCAGUGAAGGUAACCACAAAGAGGCAACCCCGGCAGUACAUGAAUCGACGCGGUGGAUUCAACCGCCCUCUUCCAGCCGAGCGAAACAGGUGAUCGUUGCCACCCUAACGGUAGUGUCAGUACGGUACUAUGUCGUCACAGCAUGCGCAAUGGAGGACUUUUGAGUUGUUCAUCAGGUCCCAACAGGUAAUCGUGCGCUCGUUGGACAAUAGUAUGCUGGGGACUCCAGGACAUAUCUGUGGGCAUGGGGGGAGCAGAGGACGCACACCUUUCAUCUUUGUCUUCACUAAAAUUCUUUUCCAUGGUCUACGAGUCAGAACGACUCAGAACUCAUGGGCCAUAUUGUCGAGUGUCAUGGCGCUUUCCCAAGCGUUCCCUGUUCCCUGUGGACCUGCCAAAUUUUCCUC